CAUGGCAAGUUUAGAUAAAUGAAUAAAAAAUAGUUGGAAUUGGCUGUCUAACUUUUAAUUUUUUUAAAUUGAUGCCUGUACUCUUUUGGGCUUUGACUGUGCACACUUUGAAAGAAGAUAAUGAAUAAUGAAAUGAACGUUACCUAUAUCUUUUUGGAUGGGUAUGUGGAAGUUAACAAAUACAAAUAUGCUUAUUUUUUAAUUAUGCUCUCUGCCUUUAUUCUAAUCAUAUGUAGUAAUUUGUCUAUUGUUUACCUUAUAUGGGUUAACAAAAACCUCCAUGAACCAAUGUAUGUUUUUAUUGCUGCGUUGCUAGUGAAUUGUGUUCUUUACAGUACCACCACUUACCCAAAGCUUUUGAUUGACUUUUUAUCUGAAGAACAGAGGAUAACUUAUCCAGCCUGUCUCCUUCAGUUUUAUUUAUUUUACUUUGUGGGGCCAGCAGAAUUCUUUCUAUUAGCAGUCAUGUCCUAUGAUAGAUAUGUGUCGAUAUGCAAGCCUCUGCUGUAUCCAACACUGAUGACAAACACCACUAUCACUGUUUUCCUUGUUUUCUCUUGGUUCAUGCCUGCUUUUCAUGCAUCAAUUCCACUAAUAAUGCUUAGUAGCACUAAAGUUAAACUCUGUAACUUUAAUAUUAAAGGGAUGUUUUGUAAUAAUGCAAUUUACACACUUCUGUGUACGAUGCCUAGGUCUCUUGCUAUAUAUGGUGUAUUUGCAAUACUAGAUAUUGUUAUACUUCCUAUACUUUUCAUUCUGUUCUCAUAUACAAAGAUCCUGAUAAUUUCUUACAGAAGCUGUAAAGAGGUCAGGAGAAAAGCAGCUGAGACGUGUUUACCCCAUUUGUUGGUGUUAUUCAGUCUGACUUUGUUGAGCGUAUAUGACAUAUGCAUUGUUCGAGUAGACUCACAAUUUUCAAAAACAGCUCGUUUAUUCAUGACGUUACAAAUUGUUUUGUAUCAUCCUUUAUUUAAUCCAUUUAUAUAUGGGUUCAAAAUGAAGGAAAUUUACAAACAUCUAAAGCAAUUGUUCAGGCAAGUAAGAGUUGUCCAGUAAAAAUCAGCAGUAAUUGUAAAUUGUAAAUGCAGUGAAUACUUCUGGCACAUUGUAUGUAACAUAUAUUCUUUAUAAGAUUAUGAAUAAUCUUCAGAAGUGGUAUUGUUGUUAUAUUGUGCUUUAUUUAUAUAAUGCAUUUGAAUCUUUAUAUAAGUCUACAACUGGGUCAACAUUUACCAAAUUAGGCAUUGUAUACAGUCCACUUAUUAUUUUGUAAAUUUACUUUCUGUCAUGCUUUACAGAAUGUAAUUUCCCAACCAUUUUUAUCUUAUUAUUUCCAUCUACUCUAACACUCAUUAUUUGCUCUUCUGUCUGUAAUCUUUAAACUCUACAAUGAAUAAAUAAUUAAAUGAA